AUGUACAGAAUCGUACGGCCCAACGUUGCUUUCGCUUUCAAAGCUGCUCGUCGAUCACAACAUUCGAUUCCUUUGUUUAUCAUGAAACAUCUCAAGGCCUUGAACGAUAUCAUUGCUUUCCCCACGAAAUCUCUGGCUACGAAAAUGAUAUACGACAAAAAUCCUCCGUACCCACAUUAUGACCAUCUUCCCUAUGCAAAGGAGCCUUGGAAGUCGAUCUAUGUUUUCUAUCGCCUAUUCACCACUCUCGCUUUGGUACCAUUUUGGGUAGUCACUUAUUCCGUUCUGCCAAGACGUUACCGACCUCGCGCAUCAUGGAACCUGCGGCAAAUUGUGAACGUCAACUUCACUCGACGUAUCUUCAAGGUCACCGAAGUCGCAGGUGUAACGUGGGGCACUCGGGACCCAACCGUUGCUCCAGACGCACAUAGUCUGAAAGAGACCAGGUUCGAAUGGGUUGAGCCUCUUCCCAAGGAAUUUCAGACAGGCAUUGUCGUUGACAGUGUCCCUUUCACUCGUGUUGGGUGUUAUAUAUGGCCCAAAGAUGAUCACCCGAAAAUCAAGAGAGUCAACAAGAGCGAUGACACCCGGGACUUGAUUUCCCAUUUAGACUUGGAGGCAGGCUCUGACGACGUUCCUUUGAUUGGUAUAUUUAUGCAUGGAGGUGGAUAUUGCCACAUGUCUGCGCAUGAAAGCAGUCGUACCUCGAGGAUACCCAGAAAUCUAGUGAAGAGAAAGAUUUUACACAAGGUCUACGCAGUCGAAUAUCGAUUACUCCAGCACGCACCAUUUCCUGCGGUUGUUCAAGACGCGGCCGCAGUCUAUGCACAUGUUGUGAAACAAUACAGGAUCAAAAAAUCGCAAUGCAAGAUAAUUUUGAUUGGCGAUAGUUCCGGAGGCAAUCUUGUUCUUUCGUUGGCCCGUUGGCUUAGAGAUGAAGGUCACCUCCCCUUGCCUCACGGGCUUCUCCUUUUAUCUCCCUCUUGUGAUACAUCGCAUGCCCUUCCUGAAACCCUUUCUUCGUAUAUACCCCGUCCAAAUCAAUUCACCGAUUACCUUGUGGAUACCCCAGAACCGCGAGCACUACUCCAACGAACAUUUCUCGGUUUCAAAUACCACCCAGAUUCGCCCAGUAUUGAUGAAGAGCGGCGUCUGAUGCAGGUGGUUCAUUCAGAAUAUGUGUCACCUUGUUCCCCCAUUGUACUCAAGCGGUGGGGCCACGAUCUAAAGCAGGAUCCUGAAGGAGAGCAUGAAGCCCGUUUCACUCGACAGAUUCUCCAGCGUCUGCCCACGUACCUGCGAAGCAAUCGAGCGCCCGAAAAUCUAAACGUCGUAACUGCCCAAAUAGAAGUGGACGGGGAUAACCCAUACCACAAAUCAUGUCGUUUCCCAAAACUUUUCGGCGACUUUCCUCGUACGCUUAUUAUCUGCGGAGACGCGGAGAGGCUGGUUCGAGAAGUGCGAAGUUUGGUCGCAGCUAUGACUACGGAUGGAGUCGAUUUGCAAGUGCACUGGGCACGCGAUGCAUGCCAUGAUCCCUUGAUGCUGAGCGAAUUUUGGUGGGAUCGAACAGUUCUGGAGGAAAUAUGGCAGUCCGUUGAAGCAUGGGUCAAGGGCUUUGAAGGGUAUAAUAUCAGCAGCGAGUCUAGCGACAGCAGCCUUGACUCCCAUUUGAAUGUUCAUCCUGAAGCUGCCGCUGCCAUCAAGGCGGGUACUUUGGAGGGUUAA